CUGUAGCACCGUUUAACAAUUUCCCGUGGAAGGAAAUUCUGCAUUUACAAAAGUGAAAAAUAAACAAAAAACCUUUAUCUAUUUAAUUAUUUUAAAUGCAGACCCUUUUGAGAUUGAAAUAUGUACAAAUUUGACGUAAUGUCUUCAAUGAUGAGUUUAUAUAAUAAUCAGACGUUGCUUGUGAAUUGAAUUUCUGGGUUAAAGAGAGGUUACUUAAAGCACAGAUAUUCUGGAAGCAAGUGGUUUGUGACACUGAGUACAAAUGUCCUUAAUUAUUGUUGGAAAUGGAUGUUCAGUUUGAAAAUUUUAUGCUAUUUUGUGAAGGAUACCUGGAUGAUUCAAAUAAAAAACUUUUAACACUGGCAAAAAAGAGAUAUCAUGAGUGUGAAGUAGAAUAUAAGCGUUCACAAGAACUCUGUGAGUAUAUUCUAUGUACAGAAGCUAAGAUUCUGAAAGAGGAGUCGCGGUUUUAUGUUCACUUGAGAGAUUUCUUAAGUAUACUUAAAGAAAAUAAAGCCAGAGAUGGAAGCAUUGAGUCAAAUCUUGAAGGUGGAAUUUCCAAGAGGAUUCAUGAGAGCAGUGAGAGCGAAAGCGAUGUUGCUUUUGCAGCAAAGAGAAGAAAAAUUGAUAAAUUUGAUAAUAACACAAACAAUCUAAAAACUGAAGAUUCUGAGGAAGAAAAUUCAGAUCAAAACUAUGGAAGACCAGGUUUUAUCACAGGGUGUGAAAUUCUUUCAAAUAGUGCAGCUUUACAAAAAGAGGAAGAUGGGUUGCAGCCUGAUGAUUCAGACCAAGAAAUGGAAAAAUCACCAGAUUCUGUUGAAAAUGAUGAGGAUGAUGUUGAAAAUGAGAUUUGGGAAAGCGAGCUUGUAACUGCGGGAGAGAAGAGUGAAUCUGACAGUUCCAUUGAUAACAAAAGUGACAUGGAUGAUUCUGAAAGUGAAGAUCAUGAAAUGGCUUUUAAUAGGAAGGAGGAAUUUGAUUCAAAUAAUGUGUCUGACUCGGAUGAGAUUGAAAGUAAUGAAAUGAAUGGUGACAUAAAUGCUUAUCAAGGAAUACUUCCUGAUUUAGAAGAUUUUCCGGCUGCAGAAAUUAUAUCAAAAGCUGAAGUGUCCCACACUAAAAAAACAAAAGAUGAUAACUUAAAUGAUAUGGGUACUAAUUUAACCUGUAGCAGUAAAAAUAAAAAACAUGUUCAAGGUAAUAAAGAUGUUUGUGAUUCACAAGAUGAAAUUGAAGACAGCAUUGAUCAAGAUGAAAUUGAAGACAGCAUUGAUGAUGAAAAAAAUUCAGUAAUUAAAGGGCCUACAGAUAUCUUGAAUAUUUCCAGUGAAAAAGAAGAAAAAGCUGAUAAAGAGGAAUUGAAAAAGCAGUUGAUAUCUUCAGAAAAUUGCUCUGAAAUUGAGAGUUGUAUUGAUCAAGACUCUAGGAAUGAAAAAUGGAGUGACGAUGGUGUUUGUGUAAUUGAAAGUGACACAAAACCUCUGUGUUUGACUAUCAAACGUGUUAAAGGUGCUAAAGGGGAUGAAGAUAUUGUAGAAAAUCCAGGUUUGAAUCAUGGCUCAGGGAAUACUAUAAAAAACAAAUAUGAAAAGACAGAAGAGGGAAGUAAGAAUGAAUUUGAUGGUGAUGGUUUCCAAAGUAACAAUAAUGUUAAGGAUACUGGAGAGACAACCUUGAAGAAAAACACAAAUUAUUUAAGUGACGAAAUAGAAUCAGAAAGUGAUGAUGAUGACCACGAAGAUAAGGUAAAGGUUUUGAAGGAUUUUUCUAAAACUUCCCUGAAAAAGGAUAGUGAUCUUUCAACAAAUGAUGAAGAGGACCAAUUUGAUUCAUUAAAAGCCAAAAAGUUCAGAGAAAAAUGCAAGAAAAAAUAUGUUGUAAGUGUUGGCAAGAAAAAACAUAAAACGUUCACAAGUCCAAGCAAGGACCAUUCAAAAUUUGAUUUUUUACACAAAAUUGAAAAAGAGAAAAGUCCACGCAAGAAGCACACUCCAAAUAAUAGCCCAAAGUGCAACAAGAAGUUUAGUCCAAAUAAGUCCCCAAUUAUCAUUUUUACUGACAGCGAGUCAGAUGAUGACAUUGGUGAUAUUGAAGGCUUCAAGAAGAAGUUUAAUGAAAAGGUGAAGAGACAGAUUCAGUUUCAGGAAAAUUCUCCACUGAAACCCAAGAAAAGUCCUGUUAAAAAGGCACAGAAAAUGGAAAUAGAUAAUGAUGUUGAUAGUGAAGAAGAUAUGUGUCAUUCUGGUAAAGAAAAUCACCGUUUUACAAAAAUUGCUGAUAAAGAGCACAUGGCAGCUACACAUGACGAUAGGGAAAGAAAAGAGAAGAAAAGAGUUAACUUGAUAACAGAGGAGUAUUACAACAGCAAAUCAGACAAUGCAUUUAAACAUCAUAAAAAUGAUAAAUCUUAUGACUUUGAAGAUAAUGAAGGCAAAGACAAGAAAACCCAUAAAAGUGAAGACAAAUCCCCUAAAGAGAAAAACAAGCAAGUAGAUAGGGAUAAAGAACAGUACAAAAAUGGUGAAAAAUCUUCGAAGCAAGCGGUCAGUGAAGGGGAAGAUGUACAUGCAGGACCAAGUUCAACAUCUGAUACUGACAAUGCACUAAAGAAAGGGUCAUCAAGACAGAUCAGAAAGUUGGAAGCUUUACUCGAGAGUAUUCGUAACCAGAUAGAGAAAGUGCGGUUGAGGGAGCUAGAUCUGGAGGAUUUAGACAGUGAUGUAUCAGAUUAUUUACUGGAGGAUAAGUUACAGAGGAAGUUUAUGAAGGUAUGGGAUAAAUUGUGUGAACUACACAAGGCUGUUAAAAACACGGGAAGACCAACAGAUAAAUAUUUUAGAUAUCAAGGUACCCGGUAUCCGGAUAUAGAUAGGAAAUUAGAGAAGUUCAUCAAUAAGAAGAAAGUGUUCCCAGAUUACCAUGAUGUUAGAGGUAUCAUCAUGAAAGUGAACAGAGAGAAGAAACUACAUCUUAGGUCUCGAGAAAUUGAUGAUUUAUCAAGAGAGGCAUUUACCGACAUUGGCAAUCAGCUUCAGAAGCGUCGGACAAAAGAUUUUGUGUCUACAUUUUUACCACAUGGAAGUCAUACAGAAUCUUUAGGUUUGUUGGAUGAUCCAGCACUGCUGGAUAUUGAGUUGAAGAAGAAAUUAGAUGCUAACAGAAAGUCAGCAAAGUCAAAUAUGGAUAAGGUUAUGGAGAAGUAUGCCUCCCUACAGUAUCAGGUGGGAGAUAAAACUGAGGAAGAGAGUGAGGAGGAGGAAGAAGAAGAAGAAGAAGAAGCUGCUAACAUUGAUGUGGAUCUUGACCAACUGUCAGGGGUAGAUAACACUGAUUCUGAUAAAGAUAUUGGUGACAAUGAUAAGGAUAUUGUUGACGCUGGAGACAAGAGUCGUGAUAAAUCCUGGGAGUCAGGUCCAUGUCUCGAAAUAGCCAAAAAUUAUACAGGAAGAACAUCAUCACCAAAACCAGAAAACUUAGAGAGUGGACAAAAAUCCACAUUUUCAUAUGACAACCCCGAAGAUGUAAAGAAAUUAAGUCCUAUGAAACCUGCAUAUAGACGUGAUGUAGUGAACAAAGAUAAUAAAGAGAGGCAUUUUUGUGAACAACUUGGGCUGUACCGAACUUCUGAGAAAGAAGAGGUGAAAGACAUCGAGCAAAAUCCUACUGUAAUUGAAGAGGACAUUAAAAGUACUGAACCAGCACUUCCUCCCCCAAGACCAGUCCUUCCUCCUCCUAGGGAAAUGCAUCAGCCAUCUACUGAACCACAUCAGCUUCCUAGUGAACAAUGUCAUCCCCCUAGUGUACCACAUCCUUCCUCUAGUGAAACCAAGUGUCCCCAGAAGGAUGAUUUUGAAUCUAUUGGGCAUUGUAGUCCAUCACUUAAUGAGGGCACUGUUGAUGAGGCUGAAACAGUAAUGAUUUUGAGUGAUAAUGAAGAAGAUGAUGUGUUAAUAUGUUCUCAAGAACCAGAAAAAGAAAACAAAAUUGAUACUAAUAAUGACAAAUUUGGUGAUAUUUCUAAAGAAAACCAAGAUGUUUCAGUAAGUAAUAAGGAUGCUAAUGUUAGCCUUACUGAGACAAGUCUAAUUGUGUCAGCUAGUUCAAUGGUUUCAACAAGUCCAAAGAUAUCAGUAAAUGUUUCAGAAAGCAGCCAAGUGUUUGAUAGCAAUGCAAAGGACAACAAUGAGGUGAUCAAGUCUGAAGAAGAUGAGAAGAAUACAAGUGAUAUUUCAAAUGUAACUAUUAUAACUGAUGAUGAAGAUGAAGACAAGAAUGUUAGUGAUGAUCAAUCUCUGGGUCUGAAAAUAGUUUCCGCACAUCAUGUAAGUUUAAGUGAUAUAAGUAAAUUGCAUGGAGAGGAAGAUGAAAAUGUUGACAAUGGGAUUGUAUCAGGUAAAAACACAUCUGAAGAAAAUACCUCGAGUCUUAAUAGUUCAAGCGAAAGUGUAAAGCAAUCUGUAAAACUCCCAUCAGAGGUUGAGAAAGAAAUUGACAAAGAGAGUUCACAAAUACUGCCAGUUCUUAAAGAUAAUGAAGGAAUAAAGAAACCUUCAAAUAAUAUUGAUAAUAAAAUUAUUGAAAAGAUAAAUGAAGUAUUAAACAGUGAACCAGAUGUAAUGAUAAUUGAUGAUGUUGAAAAUGAAGUUUUGCCAGUUUGUCCAACUAUACAGAAAAGAAAUGUGGCAAGAAAAAUUGACAAUAUAUCAGGUAGCUUGCAAAGAAACAAUUCUAACUUCACUAAAGUUAACAGGGUAAAGAACAGCAAUGUACAAGGUCCAAAUGGAUUGCAUUCCAGAACUGAUUUUACUGUUCAGAAUAGAGGCAGAAAUUAUCAGUCACCGCCACCAAGAAACAAUACCACUAAACCAUCAAAUAUGCAAUCAUUUGCUAAACAACAAUCGUCUAAUUCUAGCAAUAUGAACACACUGUCUAUGAAAGGAGGCACAAAAAUGAGUUCGCCUUUGUCAUCAAAUUCUAACAUUAUUAGUCCUUCAUCAUAUACAGACUGGCAUAGUCAGCCCCAAAAAUCACCAGCCAAUUUUAACAAAGGUAAUACAGGGUCCAAAUGUGUUCAGCAGUAUCCACGAAAUUUGAAUAACACUAAUAGAUUCAUGGGGGGAAAUACAAAACUGAACACUGUUGUGAGUUCUAACUCUCGGUGUACAUCCAAUAAUUCAUGGAAAGUUCAACAAAAUGAAUUUGAAAAAAAUAAUAGUGGGAUCUCCAAAGUUAUGACUCCUAUGAAUAUGAAUUCCAAAAUGAAAUUUACCUCAAACAGCCCUUUGAAAGUACAGCAGCAGAAAUUUGGAAGAGACACUAGUGGGCCAUCUUAUACAUCACAAUACACUCAAGGUUUCAAACAGAUGAAUACAGGCUCUAAAAUGAAUCCAAGAAGUUCAUUUCGCAUGCAGUCAAAUACCUACCAACCUUAUCCUUAUACAAAUAAAAACUGGAAUGCUCAAUCUCCAAAGCAUUCCAAUUUUGUGCAGAGAAAUUACAAUAUACCUCAGUCUUCUCCAAGAUUUACAGCUGUUCCUUUUAAAGGAGGCAGCUCUAGUGGGUCUACUCCAGCCAGGACAAAUUCUAGUCAAUUUAAACAUGUUUCAAACAAAGGGUUUAACAUUCAGGGUCAAACUACACAAAGAUUUAGUCAAAAAAGAAGUACUGGUUUUCAGAAUUCUCAGCAAAAAUUUCCUAACACUCCAAAUCAAGUGAGGAAAGUUUCAAAUGAAAGGGCAAAAGCGCAACAAGCCUCUUUUACUGCUUCAAAAGUUAUUGAUGAUGUUGUGAUAAUAGACUGUGAUGAGGUAGAUCAGGUCCCUGUAAAAAAGAAGAAAACUUCCAAGCAUAAAGAAAAAUGUGCUGUAAAAUAUGACACAGCAAAUGAUGUAAUUUGUAUUGAUGAUCCGCCAGAAUGUGGAAACACUAGUAAAGAUGCAAUAUAUAUUGUUAGUGAAAACAUUAAAAACACUGAGAAAGAAAGAACAAAUACAAUUGAAGUCACAAAGACAGAAUCCAAAUGUGCUCAGAACUCAUCAAUUUCCCCUCAGUGUUCUAAAUUAGGUGAAACUUCAAAGAAAAAUCAUUUAGAGGGCUCUUUAUCAACUGAAAAUUCCACAUCAAACUCUAAACUUGUGAAAAGCAAAACCAAAAUUGAAGAAACAAGUGUUAAAAGUAACAAAAAUAAAGACUGUGAACUAGAAAUUUGUGAAAGUGGUAACAAGGAAAAGAUGCAUUUAGAAGUCAGUAGUGUAGAAUUUAAUCAGGAGAGUCAUCUGAAAGAAAAACCAAGAGAUGUAGAAAGAACUAGCAGCAAUGAAUUAGAACAAAAUGUCGCUGAGGAUGAGGAAUUACGAAGUAUUCCUGACAUCUUUGAAGGCUCAUUAGGUACAGUUGAAAGUAAUGAAUGCGAAAGCAUUGAGUCAUUCCACGGUAGUGAAUCAUGUGAUAAAAAACCUGAAGAUUUAGAUGAGUUACAAAAAGAAGAAAGUAAUGAGUAUGACAUGGAAGAAGCAGAACCAACAGAAAUUUUCACUGCCAUAAAACUUGAUAGUGUAAAACUUAAUGAUACAUUAGGAUCUACAGGUGUUGUGACAGUGGAAAACAAACCAUCUACCUGUACACAGGGACUAGAUGUCUCAAAUGAUGAAGAGAAUGCAGCAUGUCAGGAUGAAGGGUAUGAAAAUCUAAGAAAUGUCAAUGAUAAACAGUCAGCUUUGGAGAGAAAUAGCAAAAGUACCAUCACGAAUAUUGAAACUGGAACUGAACUUGUGUCAGACACAUCAGUUCAAGCCAAUGACCAGCAUGUAGGUGAUGAUGAUGAUGAUUUGCAGGCUAGUGAUGAUGAGGGUGAUGAUGAAGAUGAUGAUGAUGAAAGUGGAGAUGAUGAUGAUAAUGAAGAUGAUGAUGAAGUAAGUUGUGGCAUCGAAAAUGACGACAGCAUAAGCAGCACAUCUUGUGAUGUUGACAGCCAUGCUAAUGUAAAAAUUGUGCCAGACAUUCGAAAUAAACUUAUACAGCUGGAAAAAGCUAUAGUUAAAUCGAAACCAGAACAAGAAAUUAGAUCUCAGGCAAAACCUCAGGACAUAGUCCCACGACCUCCGCGUAAUUCUGGUAGGGCUCAGUGGAUAGAAGAGGAUGAAAAUGCGAGCCUUAUAGAAACAUACCAAGAACCAGACUCAACACCAUAUAGUUUAGAAGUUAACCAGAUCUCAUCUAGUAGUAGUGAAAAUAUCAUUGUUCUUUCAGAUUCAGAGUGAAUGUUCAUCAUUUUACCAUUUGGCUAUAAUAUUUAUUAUCCCCCACCGAUGGAAUCGGGAGGGGGAUAUAGUUUUGGCGUUGUCCGUCCGUCCUUCCGUCCGUCCAGCCGAAUUUCGUUUCCGGAGUAGUUCUCUGCAACUAAUGGCUGGAAUUCAACGAAACGUUAUGGGAAUGUUGAUCAGCAUGUGAAGUUGUGCACCUGGGUAUUUUCGUCUGGAUAUUUUUAGUAUUUUUAGAGUUAUUGCCCUUGACUCAGUAAAAUUUUGUCCGAAUUUCGUUUCCGGAGUAGUUCUCUGCAACUAAUGGCUGGAAUUAAACGAAACGUUAUGGGAAUGUUGAUCAGCAUGUGAAGUUGUGCACCUGGGUAUUUUCGUCUGGAUAUUUUUAGUAUUUUUAGAGUUAUUGCCCUUGACUCAGUAAAAUUUUGUCCGAAUUUCGUUUCCGGAGUAGUUCUCUGCAACUAAUGGAUGGAAUUCAACGAAACUUUAUGGUAUUGUUGAUCAGCAUGUGAAGUUGUGCACCUGGGUAUUUUCGUCUGGAUAUUUUUAGUAUUUUAAGAGUUAUUGCCCUUGACUUAGUAAAAUUUUGUAAUUUUCAACUUGUGUCGCAUGUAACUCAAAAAGUAUUUGACCUAGAGUCAUGAAACUUUACAGGAAUAUUAUCAGUAUGUGUAGUUGUGCACCUGGGUAUUUUCGUCCGGAUAUUUUUAGUAUUUUUAGAGUUAUUGCCCUUGACUUAGUAAAAUUUUAUAAUUUUCAACUUGUGUUGCAUGUAACUCAAAAAGUAUUUGACCUAGAGUCAUGAUAGUUUACAGGAAUGUUGAUCAGCAUGUGUAGUUGUGCACCUGGGUAUUUUAAAAAAAUUAAAAAAUCUUCUUGUUUGAAGGUACAAGGCUUCAAGUUCAAAGAAUAUUACAGUUUAUGCCAUGAUUAAUAUAUAAAUAAAGCCUUAUGUCUUCAGUUGUUGUGUUAAUAAUAACCAGUACUCGGCGGGGGAUAUAAAUUCAACGAAUUUGCUUGUUUAUUAUUUAUGUUUAAUUCAGUCAGUCUUAUUUAAAUGCCACAAAUGUCAUGCUACAGCCUAAUUUUUGUAUUUUCACUAAAGAGAAAAUAACUUACUGAAUGUUUUAAAGAAUCUUAAUGUUAAUAAUUUUUGUAACAGGAGAUACGUAGUUCCUUUGUACAAAAUUUUUGUUAAAUUGUAAACAAGUGGCUUUGAAACUAUGCUUUUCUCAUUUGUUAUAUCAAGGAUGUACAUGCAUUUAAUUUCUGCCAUUUAUUAAACAGAAUCUUUUUUAAUAACCAGCUUUUAAUGUCUUCAUACCAGACAUUAAGCAAUAUUUUCAAGUCAUUUUUCUAUAUUUAUUUACUUAUAACUUAUUUGAAUUAAGCACUUUUAUUAAGUUUGCUCAAUUGAAUUCCAUGAUUUUUUUUGGUUUAUUUAUUUUUUGUCAAUAUAUUAUGACUUAAGGGGAUAUACUUUUAACCUUUUUCCUGCUGGAAUUAGCCUCUGUCACCAGUAUAGAGCCAGGCAAGCUUGCACAAUACCAUGCAUUCUGACCAGACUCUAUGCAGGUGGCUAACAAACUUCACAAUUUCAGUCUUGAAAAUGAAUAUGUAAUGUUGUUAAACUAGAAGCUGGACAAGAUUGUUUAAAAUAUUCAGCAGGUAACUGGUUAAAUACCUUAGAAAAUACAUAUUUAUUUCCUGAUACCAUGUAUGUGUGUUGAAAUUGUACAAAGAAAAAUUUUGUAUAUAAUUGGUGUUACAUAUUUACAUGUAUAUUGUUGGAUAUUUGUAAGAUAUUGGAGAUAAUUGUACCGCUACCAUGGUACUUAGAGGCGGCUUUAUUAGUAUCAAUUUGUCCCAUCUGUUGGUCAGUACUACAGCUCCAAAGGGUCCACUUUUUACCCCUUCUUUAGACAUAGCUUUUACAUGAUUUCAUUACAUUUAUUUCAACAAGUUGAUUGUCAGAAUCCACACCGCCACUGUGUUGGCUCAAGGUUACCAUUGAAAGUCAAACAAAAUUCAGACAAUUUUGAGUCUGCACAAAAAUUCUAUACGCCUUUGAAAAGGACUUUUUUCAAACUCAUAAAAAUAAUGAUAGAUGGACCUACAUGAAAUCCUGUGUCAUCUAGAUGGUGGGACUAAUGGUUGUCACUCCUGUGGCAAAUCUAAUAUUUGUUGUCAUAUUUACAAAUUUGAAAAAAAUGGCAUUUGUUAUCUUCUUUUUUCCCCCUCUCUUUCUCUCUACUGAUGAAUGACAAUUGGUUGGUAAGAUUAAUUUAUUUAAUUGAUGACUAUGAGGAUUAGUCAGUACACAUUAUACAAAUAUGGACUUUUUAGCUGUUGAAUAUGAUGUGAUAUGUACUGAAAAAAUUAAUAUUGACUUGGGCGAUAGCCAAGGUAUUAAUUUUUCCGUACAUAUCACAUCAUAUUCAACAGCUAAAAAGUACAUAUCUGAUUUAUUAUAUAAUUUAUAAAUAGCUUUUAUAUUGCUUAUCAAAUCUGCCAUUGCAUACAACGGAAAUCGGUAUUUUUCAGCUUGUCUACUUUUACCAUAAUUUUGCCCUUUCUUUUAAAUGAGAGCAUUGGCACGCCAAUUCGUAUUGGUCUUAAAAUGUAAAGCCGGUAACUAAAAAAGACUAAUUUGACUCUUAUUUACGUGUCACUCGACAUUUUUCCAGAAUUGGUGUGAUGUCACAUCAUAGUCUCGUGUGUUUCGGGGAAUUUCCAGAAAAUCUAUUUUUAGAAGAAAAACAAUUAAUAUUAUAACUCUGAGAAUCUAUUAGGAAAAAACCAGUUAAUAUACUCCGAUAUUGACUCAUCUUUUACAAAAAUUGGUUGUUAGCCAAUCAGGGAAAGGCAUUUCAAAGCUAUUUUUAGAUUAUAUAAUAAAUUUAUUUAAUUGAUGAAUAUGAGGCUUAGUCUUUACACAUAUUAUUAGCUCUUUUUUUUAUCAAAAUGUCAAGAACAUUUCAUUUUCAUGUCAGUCUGCAUGUAAAUUUAAGUUUACAAACCUCUUGUUUUAUGUUAAAGAGUAUGGGUUCUAAAUGUUAUAUUUUAUUAUGAUUAAAAUUGUACAAAAUUGUGAUUAUAAAUGAAAUAUAUACAACAAAG